AUGUCUCAAUUAUCUCAGCCGCAAGCGGGAACGGUUCCCAUCACACUUAAUCAAAUCUAUCAUCGACUCACAGCACCGGAUGUGAUGAUGCAGGAAAGAGCUUAUGCUCUUGUUGCUCUUAAUACAGUUAUUUUCCAUCCAACGGUGAAACUCUUCUUUUUUGAGCACACACCCAUACACAAGGCUCUGGGGAAUAGCACUAAUAAUAAUAAUAAUUAUAAUAAUAAUAAUGCCGGUGGUAGUAGUUCUGGAAUUACCAAUCAUGAUAAUAACAAUGGUGAGAGUGCGGAUAGUAACAAGGAUAAUAAUAAUAAUAAUAAU